CGAUCCUUCCCGAUCCCCGAACCCCCAUCCUCGAACUGCUCAAAAACUCCGACCCAAUCCCUCCCUCCCUCCCUCCCCUCCGUCCAUCUCAGCCAUGGAUAUUCCUCCUCCGCCUCCGCCGCCGCCGGUGCCGGCGCUGGACUUCCUGACGGUGAUCUCGGAAGCGAGGCGGAUAGUAAACGCCCACUCCCGCCACUUCCUCGCCCUCUCCGUCCUCUUCCUCCUCCCGCUCUCCUUCUCCCUCACCGUCUACCCCACCCUCCUUUCCCUCACGUCCUCUGCCGGCCCCAACUCCGCCGCCCCCCAGUCCCUCCUCAGCCUCCACCACCGCUCCGAUUCUUCCAACACCAUCGCCGCCACGCUCGCGUUCACCGCCUUCCUCUCGCUGUUCUCCCUCUUCGCCGCCUCCUCCAUCACCCACAGCACCGUGCAGGGGUUCUACGGCCGCCCUGUCAAGCUCCUCCCUGCGAUCAAGUCCAUCUUCACCUCCUUCUUCCCCCUCUCCGUCACCGUCCUCUGCAUCCAACUCAUCCAGGGCCUGAUCCUCGCAAUCUUAGGGCUUUUCGUGUUCUUGGUCGUGAAGUUGGUCGAGCUGAUAUGGCAUCGAAUCGAAUACUCGUCGCCUUACUUUGUCGGGUUUGUCGCCCUGAUCACGCUUGCCUUCGUGGUGAUUGUGUUCUACUUGCAAGUGGAAUGGGCUCUGGUGUAUGUUCUUGUGGUGGCUGAAUCUGUCUGGGGAUUCUACCCAUUGAAGAGGAGCACAUACUUGGUGAAGGGCAUGAGGAAGGUUGCCCUGUGUCUGAACCUGUUCUUCGGGUUCGCUCCCGGGAUCCUGCUCUGUGCCAGCUCGAUGCACUCAAACACCGGGUGGAAGAGCUGGGCUUUCGUGGUUGAGAUUGUGGCGUUGUCGAGCGUCCUCACCAUGUUCAUGCUGCUCCACUUGGCUGCUAAUGUGGUGUUGUACAUGUACUGCAAGGCCAUCCAUGGAGAGCUUGCCAUGGAGAUUGCCGAGGAGUUUGCUCGAGAUUAUGUAAGCCUCCCAUUCGAUGAGGGCAAGGUCCCUCAUGUCGUGUCUGUUGCUUAUACUUGAUCGGCCUGCCUCACGGCAGCUUCCAAUCUUUUCUUCUCUGUUCCUCCUUUCCUUUUACGAGUGUCUUCUCUUGUGAAUAUAAAUUGUACAAUGCAGAAGGGCAGUUGAGAGAUAUGCGAGACUUUGCAUUCCACAUCA